CUGCUGCUCUGCACCGUACGUCCAAAGAAGAAAAAACUAGUUAAAUUAAAAGAUCGAUUUUUGGAUUUUAUGAAUUGAUAUCGAACCAUUUAAAGGGAAAUCAAUUCAAAAUGAUUACUUUUUUUUUUUAACCCAGCCCUCCUGUCUUUUCUCUCAAAUCUUUAUUCCAGAGAGACGAGCAGGUGAUCCUUAUUGUCUUUUUCUUGGCUGCCUUUACGUGCCUGGUGCUGUUUGAAAUGAUGACAGACUUGCCAUGGGAGUCUCAAAAUUGAGGUUUAUUUCCUAAGAUGAUGACAUGGAUAUUUUGGAUAUUUUCACUUCAUAUUGAUUAUAUUAGAUUGUUGGUCAUUUGGUGAAUAUAUUGAUCCAGUUAGAUAGAUCCUUACACCGCUAGAUGAAAGCUACCCUGAACUUGUAAUUAACAUUCACAAGAGAGCGAACAUCGAUACAGUCGCGGCUUCCUAGUCAUGAUUUGUAAAGGUGUGUAACGGCUUCCAUUUUUGUUAGGUUGCUAUGGUUACCUGAGAUUUCUGACCAAAGCGCCUCAGUGCUGGUCAGGGUGUGUGAUGGAGCUUUGAUGUCAGAAAUAAAAGCCCCUGACUUGGCAGUUGAAGGCAGGAUUAGUUCAUGGCUGGUUCUGAUCCUCCACAGUCCAUCAGCUUCUGUUUUCAUCUGUCAGGCUUUCUGUGUAAAACCUUUAUCACAGACUGAGCAGCUGAAUGGUUUCUCUCCCUUGAACAUCAUGUUUGUUUUUCAGUUUCUUUUCAUUUAAAGCUUUGCCUGCAAAGAGAGCAGCUCCACAGUUUCUCUCCUGUGUUCUUGCUCACAGAGCAGGAAGAUGGUUUCUCUGCAUCAUCAGAUCCAUCAUCACUGAAAAGGAGUUCACUCUGUGGGUUUGAACCUGACUGAGGCUCUCUGCUCUCCUCCCAGUCAUCACUGUCAUCAGUCUCAGCUUCAGAAGAGUGUGAAGAGAGGAGCUGGCCCUCACUAAGACGAAACAAAGGACGUAUGGGACUCAGACUACUCAUCCAGAGACGACGCUCUCGCAAGGACCGCAUCUUGGAACCGACGAAUCGAGUGAUGAGGCCACACGCUCCACCUGCCCGCCCGCAGGCUCCACACGCUCUUGCAGAUCGGACUGAAUUUUUCUUCCUCCAUUGUAAACCUGGUUGAGCCGUUGUAACGUAAGGUGUGACAUGGAUAAAGAUAUGCAGCACGGUGGCACAGCCAGGCCAUUGAGCUGACAAUGGCGUCAGGUGCGCCAGGUGUGUUUGGAGCUCUAGUAGCAGUAUCCGUUUAUACUGUGUUUUUAAGCAUUCUAGGUCUCCGUUUUAAAAUUUCUGAGGAGUGCUUGGAAUAUGAUACGUUUUUGCAGCGGAAUACUGAGCGUUUGGACAUAACCGGUCGUCUGUCAGUAAAUGCUGACAAACUUUGUGGAUAUGGCGGUGUUGCCCUGAUCACCUGGAAAUCCAAAGCCGCAUGCAAAGCAAGAUCUGGAGCGACCCAGCGACCCGAUGCCCUCGGCAGAAUAUUAACAAUCUGCCUACUGCUUUCGGGAGAUAUUCAUCAGUGCCCGGGCCCAGCAGUCUUGCAAACGGCGAAACACCAGCAAAGCAAGCCCACCAUCAGUUGUAGCGGCUGCUGCCCAAACUGCGGAAAGGUGGUAAGAGCAAACGCCAAAGCAGUUGCUUGUGACUCUUGUGACGUUUUUGUUCACAUAAGAUGUGGGAAUAUUGCUCCGAAAUUGUAUGACCGGGCAGUAAGGAAUAAGUCGGUUAUUCCGUUGGUUUGUAACCAAUGUUGUGUGCGUGAAAUGUGCAGCGCAGAUGUGCUUGAUGACACAGUUGGCUUGAAAGUGUAUGACAAGGAUACUGUGGAUGGGAGAGACUAUGAUUCACUCGGCCUGCUUAAUCAGAAAGGGCUGCACUUUAUUCACGUCAAUGCCAGGAGUCUUCUACCCAAAAAGGAUGAAAUCGAGCACUUCGCGUCCACGUCUAAAGCGGCUGUGAUUGCCGUGUCGGAGACCUGGCUAGACAGUUCUAUACUGGAUGGUGAAGCUGGGCUUACAGGCUAUUACAUCUUUCGACGCGAUCGCAACAGGCACGGCGGAGGAGUGUGCCUCUUUAUAAGGUCUGACAUAACUUUCAAUCCGCGCCACGAUCUACAGGUGGAUGGCUUGGAGGCAGCCUGGGUUGAGUUGAUACUUCCUAAAACCAAGCCCAUCAUUGUAGGUGUCUGUUAUCGCCCACCUAAACAAACGGACUUCUAUGAACUCCUUGAAUCUGUCUGUUGUAAAAGUAAUGUAUGCUUGGAGAAAGAAUGCAUCAUCAUGGGUGAUUUUAAUACAGAUUUAUUGUUGCCACGCAGUAGCCUGAAAGAGUCUCUCUCUUAUCUUUGUAAGGUGUCUGGUUUACAACAAAUAAUAUCUGAGCCUACUAGGCUGUCGGCAAAUAGCCAGUCCCUUCUGGACUUAAUUUUAGUAUCAGAUUGUGGAAUGAUAAGUCAAUCAGGUGUUUUAGAUUUGGCUUUUAGUGAUCAUAAUGUAGUCUUUUGCACACGCAAGAAAAUGAAAUUUCAGCCAAUGAAUGAGCAUUGCUCCAUCAAAUACAGAUGUACCAAACAGUACACUGCUGAAGCGUUCAAUCAAAGGCUAUCUGUGAGAGACUGGUCUGAUGUGCUUGAAUUCUAUAAUAAAAGCAGAAACCGUGUCCGCGCAGCCGCAGCCCCCGGCGAGGCUCUGUGCUCUGACCAGCGGCCGUCCUCCGUCCUCCGCCAGCUGACGCAGCCCGGAGCCGCGGUGUGCAGGGACAGCAGCGGCAGUAAGUGA